AUGGUGUCUCGUCCUAUCUCUAGGCUUGCAUCGGGCAAUUCUGUCCUUUUACUGUGUGAUAUGCAGGAGAAGUUCAGACCAAGUAUCAAGUUUUUCGAAGAAAUUGUUAAGAUCAGUAAACGUCUUGUGGUUGCUGCAAAACUUCUGGAUGUGAAGGUUAUUGCAACUGAACAGUAUCCAAAGGGACUUGGACAUACAGUAGAAGAAUUAGAACUAAAGAAGCAUAACAUACCGGUGUUUGAAAAAAAAAAGUUCAGCAUGUGUAUUCCUCCUUUAACUGAAAAUCUAGGGUCUACGAAAUCUGUAAUACUAUGUGGUGUUGAAGCACAUGUAUGUGUGUUACAUACAGCAUUGGAUAUUCUUGAUAAAGGGAUUGAUGUUCACGUCGUUGUUGAUGCUGUUUCAUCACGCUCGCAGACUGAUAGAAUGUUCGCUUUGCGACAGAUGGAAGUUGCUGGCGCAAUUUUGACAACCAGUGAAUGUGCGAUUCUUGGCUUACUGGGAGGAGCAGAUCAUCCAAAGUUUCGUGAAAUACAAAAAAUAAUCAUGGAACUUCCACCGGAUACUGGUUUGCUGCAGUAUCGAUUUUAA